AUGGCAACAACAACUCCAAACAAAAUCAUCUCGUUCACAAUACUACUUUUCAUAACCAUGAACAUAACUAAUGGUCAAGCUCAACCAAAUCAAUCCACUUUGGUCUUCUACCUACAAGAUGUCGGAAAAGGACCUAAGGCAACCGUUUCACCGGUUAUAGGCAUCAAUGGCAAGGUUUGGUCAUAUAACACAUUUGGAACAAUAUUUGUUGUUGAUGAUCCUGUUACAAUUAGUCCUAGUUCAUAUUCAACUCAAAUUGGAAGGGCUCAAGGUAUAAUUACCGUAACUUCUCAAGAUGGUGCAAAUGUGAACAUAGUUUUGUCAAUUGUGUUCAAUAAUGCACAAUACGCUGGUAGCACUUUAGAAAUUCAAGGUACAAGUCAUCAAAGUGAUAAUUUAAGAGAGCUCGGUGUUGUUUCUGGAACAGGAAGAUUUCGAUUUGCAAGAGGAUUUGCUGUGUUUGAAACUAUAUCUUAUGAUCCUACCUAUAGUCAAUCUGUUAUUAGGUUGACUGUAACAUUGGUCAUUCCUUGA